GCUAUUCCGUUUACAUAACUCGAACAUCUUCAGGGCACGUAGGUUAUGUUUACUGUGAUCAUUGUAUAAAUAUAUUUUAGGUUAAGUUUUAAUAUCAGUUUACAAUACAAUUUGAUCAAAUUAUUAAUUUUGAAUUAUGCUGCUUAGGAGAAGAGGGAAUCUCAAGCGAGUAUUGGAGAGGAUGUGCAAAAGAUAUUUUAGAACAUCUGCGAAUAGUGACGCUAAGAAGAUUGACGUGAAUGAUUUAUCUCGUGUGAGAAAUAUUGGAAUUCUAGCACAUAUUGACGCAGGUAAAACAACGACAACUGAGAGGAUGCUGUAUUAUUCUGGGAGAAUCAGAGUAAUGGGAGAAGUACACGAAGGAAACACAGUUACAGAUUAUAUGGAGCAAGAAAGAGAUAGAGGAAUCACAAUAACAUCAGCAGCAGUGACUUUGCAAUGGAUGAAACACAAGUUCAACCUGAUCGACACGCCGGGACACAUCGAUUUCACCAUGGAGGUGGAGCAGGCUCUGCAUGUCAUGGAUGGUGCUGUUGUCGUUCUAGAUGCGUCUGCAGGUGUUGAAGCUCAAACAUUGACAGUUUGGAGACAAGCCGAUAACUACGAACUACCAAGGAUAGUGUACGCCAAUAAAAUGGACCGAAACGAUGCUAACCUGGAACUAUGUAAAUCAACCCUAUCUUCGAAGCUUGGCGUCAAAACACUGCCUUUGCAGAUUCCUUUUAAAAACGGUGGAAAGCUGGAGGGCAUAGUCGAUGUGGUUGCAAAACAGAAAUGUAUUUGGAGCGGAGAGAGUGGCCAGCAGUGCAAUAGGAUUCCCUUGACAGAAGCUGAUGGAGAAAUCUGGGAAUUAACAACGAAAGCAAGGGAAGAGCUGGCCGGAGACCUGGCAGACCUCGAUGAUAAGAUGGGCGACAUUGUGUUGGGUCUCGACUCAGUCGAGCAUAUAAGCGACAAAGAUAUUUACGAAGCUGUUCGUAGGGUUACUUUGUCACAGAAAGGUGUACCUCUACUCAGUGGCAGCUCUUACAAAAACGUCGGAGUACAACUUGUUAUGGACUCAAUAGUGCAUUACCUACCGUCGCCUCUGGAAAACAGUAGACAAAGCUUUCUCACAGAAAGUUUCAAAGAUAACCUCUCAGCAAAAGUGUUCAAAAUAGUCCAUGAUAAGCAAAGAGGUGGAGCUAUCAGCUUUCUAAGGCUCUACUCUGGAAAAAUUACCAAGGGUCAAACUAUACAUAACUUGAAACAACCUGGAUCUGAACAAAUUAGCAAGCUAAUGGUGGCCAUGGCAGAUGACUAUGAAGAAGUUCCUGAAGUUCUUUCUGGAAAUGUAGCUGCUGUCACUGGACUGAGGAAUGUGAACACCGGAGAUUUGAUAACCAGUUCCAGUACGGCUGCUAACACGGCACGAAAAUAUCUGCUCAACAAGAAAAAGUACACUUCAGAGCAGGUCGAUGAAGUUUUUGGAGUGGGCGUCCAGGUUCCUGACCCUGUCUUCUUCUGUUCUGUCGAGCCUGCGUCCUUGAAAUUUCAAACUCCAAUGGAAGUGGCCCUGAAGGAACUACAAAGAGAAAAUCCCAGUCUUCAAGUGAGCUUCAAUUCCGAGACAGGUCAAACGGUGCUUGGAGGAAUGGGAGAAUUACAUUUGGAAGUUAUCAAACAACGUUUAAUAUCGGAGUAUAAAGUUGAAGUUGAUCUUGGACCUCUUCAAAUAGCUUACAAAGAAUACCUCUUGAAUCCAGCUGAGUAUACCUUGGAACUGAAACACAAAAUUGGUGGUGUACUCCAUGCGAUGACGUUGAUGAUGUCAGUGAAAGCAGUGAAUGCUGACGAAAAGGUUGAACUGCUGACGUUGGACAAACACCCUGACUACGCACCCCACCUCACCACUGUCACACCGCGCCAGAUCAUGCUCUUGAAGCAGGGCAUCAUUUCGGGUUUACAGCAUGGUCCCGUUCUUGGAUCGCCUGUGGUAGGAGCCAGCUUCAAACUUCACAGAUUAGAGUUGAAACGUGGAACAUCCGAAUCCAUUUUCAUUUCUGGAGCUGCUCAAUGUACCCAAAAGCUGCUACAAGAUGCUGGAACGGCUAUUCUUGAGCCAGUAAUGUCGUUGGAAAUUGUGUCUGAUGACAAUACCAUUUCUACUAUCCUGUCAGACUUAUCGAAUCGACGAGCAGUCAUCAGAAACAUUGGAGUCAGAGGACAUUGUAAAACAAUUUCAGCGCUUGCACCACUAUCGGAACUCCUAGGCUACUCAAAGUACCUUCGGAUCCUGUCUUCAGGACUAGCGUCCUUCACCAUUGAGUUCCAUGACUACGAGCCAGUAUCCUCUGACCAACAAGCCAAGGUCAUUCAAGAAGUUGGUGGAUUAAUUUAAUCAAAGACUUCAUUGUUGCGAAUAUAUUAGCGUGUAAAUAAAUGUUUUGUUAGUGAAAAA